CCGUUUCACAUCACUCGUAUCACUCACCCCACACACUCCCCCUCACCCCCCUCCCACCCUCGCCACCUCAACAACCAUCCCCUCGCCCCUGCACGGCCAAGUGGUGGACCUGCAGCUCUGGCGCGCUGUACAGGUGGCGGGCAGGGAUUGGCUGGUGAUGGGUUGGCUGGAGGUGGUUGAGAGAGCAGAGAGGGGUAGGCUGGGUACUCUAGAGGAGGGAGGGAGCGGGAGCGGAGGGGAGGAGGAGAAUGAGGAUGAUGAGGAGGAGGAGGGCGAUGAUGAUCUGUGGGAAAAGGUGGAGGUACGUGCGCAGUGGUACCAGCAAGGAGAGCAUGGGAUAGGGAAAGAGCAGCAAGGGCCGCAUAGGCAGCAGCAGGGGCAGCAGCAGGGGCUGCAGGGGCAGCAGCAGGGGCAGCAGGGCCAGCAAAAGCAGGGAGCGAGGGAAGGGCAGGGAGGUGGGCAGCAGCAGGACUCGAUGUGGGAGGGCAGGCCAAGAGGCGGCAUAAUGUUUGUAGGGAGCUCUGGGUCGUCUGGUGCUUCACGCAGCAGGAGCCUUCAAGACAGCACGUGUCAAGACAGCAGCACCUACCACGCCCCUCACACCUUCCCUCCUCUCCCUCCCACUUCCUCCACCCUUCUUCCUCAAUCUUCUCUGUCCGCUGCUGCUGCUGCUGCUCCUCCCGGCCCAAAUUCUCCCGUUCCCCUUGCCAUGCCCGCGCCUCGCUAUGCCACGGCCGCGGCAGCAGGUGGAGCAUCAGUGCAGGAGGUAAGGGGGUUUGCGGAGGGAGGUGAAAGUGCUAUAGCGAGGAUAGAGAAUAGGGAGGUGGUGGUGGUGGAAGAGAGGGCGUGGGGUGGGACGGGGGGGGACGGGAGAGAGCCGGAAGGGAGAGGGAGGGGGUGGGGAGGAGGACGAGAGGAGGAGGUGGACGGACAAGCGAAGACGUGGGGGGGAGGAGAAUUGAAUGAUUGGGGUGCGAACGCUAGUGACUCUGAAUCGAGUGUGGUUGAGGCUGUGGCAGUUGGGCCUAGAACAGUGCCGGCAGCAGCAGCGGCAGCCACGGCUGUUGCCGGUGGUGGUGGUGGUGCCGGGGUGAGAUUGGGAGGGUGGUCAGGGGAUGUAGAUGCGUUUUCUGGAAAAUCAGGAGGAGCAGGAGCAGGACGAGGAGCAGGACGAGGAGCAGGAGGAGGGGGAGGAGGAGGGGGAGGUGGUAGUGGUGGUGGGGUAGCAGCAGGUGAGAGGGUGCAGGUGUGGAGUUCGUUUGACCCCAAUGCAUCUGCUGCUUUUUCCUCCGCUAACACCUCGCCUUACCAUCAGAACAAACACCAUUUCCCGCACCACCACCAGCACCACCAGCACCACCAGCAGCACCAACAGCAGCACCAGCACCCGCAGCAGGUUUUGAACAUCCCUCGUGCUGCCGCCUCUCUAGAGUCACCAUGCCACAGCCAGCAUCAGUACCCCGCCCUUCCCCAAUAUUACUCACCCAUAGACUCUCCUUACCAGCACCCCUCGCGUUUCUCUAGGCGGCAGCAGCACCACUCGCCGUCCCGCUCUCCCUUGCUGUAUUUCGCUUCUGUCCUGCGGCAGCAUGCACAGGCAAGCAGCAGCAGCCUGGAUUCUGUUAUAAUCACAGCCAGUGGUGAUUGCCAGGUGCCUGCAGCAUUCCCCCACAAACAUGCCUCUCCUCAGGGGUUCAUGCUUCCUGUCUCUGCAGCUGCUGCUGCAUCUGCUGCUUCCUCCGCUGCUGCUGCGGCGGUGGCGGCGGCAGCUGCUGCUGCUGCUCCAGCUGGUGAUGGUCUUGUGAAUAACAGAGCGGUUCCUUUGGAGGAUCAAGGGAAGGCUGGAAGCAGGAGCAGCAGUAAGAAGAAUCAAGGCGGGGAAGCGAAAUGCGAGGAAGAAAUGAUGAGAAACAAGCAGGCGAAGGAGGGAUCAGCGGACUUGUCUCCAGAAGCAACCUCCUCUGGCAAGAUCACUUCGUUCAAGCUCUGGGGCCUGAAACGAGGGGUGGCCGGGGCUGCUGCCGACAAGGGCAAAGCAAAGGCGAGAGACAAAAGGAAGCACAAGGGGAGGAGUAAAGUAGAGGAAGAGAGACAGGGCCCUGUGCAGGUUAAUGAAAGUGGGAUGGCGGUGGGCGAGCGAGGUUCAGAGAAAGGCAGCCCGUGGAUAAAGGGACAGGAAGGGAGGGUGAGCAAGGGCAGCAGCCUGUGGUAUGGGCGUGGCAGGAGUAGAGUUGUGGAGAGGCGUGAGGAGAGGGAUGAGUCGCUGGACAGGAAGCAGGGUAUAAGUGAGCGUGAAAGGGGGGAUAAGCCGUGGCAUGAGCUGCGGCAGGAAUGCGAAACUAGGCUUCUGGAGGUUACUGCUACAGCCGCUACAGCUGCUGCUGUUGCUUCAGCUGUCGCUGCAGCUGCGGAAGAGGAUGAGGUAACCAGCACGGAGUCAUGGCCUGCUCCCAGCCAGCAGCAGCAGCGGCAGCAGAAGCGGCAGCACAAGCUGUUGCCUCUUGAGCUGAUGGGAGUGACGGUGGGCUCUGGGGGGGGAUACGGGCAGGGGAGGGAAGAGGAGACGGGAAAGGGACGGCGAGAGGUAGUGUGGUUGAAGCAGGAGAUUGGAUGGGGCGGGAGGCGUGGAGGGAGGAGGGGAGGUGAAAGGGAUGGUGGCAGUGAGUUGGCAACUAGGGGACGGAGAGAUGAGGGGGGGAGUGAGGAGGAAUGGUCCAGUGAGGAGGAGGACGAGGAGGAGGAGGAAGAGGAGUGGUCAGAGGGUGAGAAGGAAGAAGUGGAGGAUGACGAGAUGGGUGAAAGAGGGGAAGAGGAAUGGAAACAGGAAGAGGAAGGAGACAGUAGAUCAGAGGGGGAAGGGGAGGAGGAGGACGAUGAUGAAGAGGAAGGGCAAAGUGAGAAUGCUACAGAGGAUUGUGACGAGCAUUCUUCACCCAUGGAAGAUGCAUGGGAGCCGAUCCGGCUUGAGCGGUUGCCAGGGCCCCCACCGUCCUUUGUUGCUUCUGCUGCUCGUGUGUACCGGCCUCCCACACCCCCUGUUCUUCGGGUACGACAUCUAGGGAAGCAAGCAGCGUACCGUGCUGAUCUCAGAGAGCACCUGGAGGACCUGUAUAGUGAUGAUCUGCCCUGCCAUCCACAGCAGCAGCAGCAAGAUCACCACCAGCAGAAUCACCACCAUCAGCCGGAACUUUACAGGGAUCCUCACGGCCAGCCGCAGCAGUGGCAGAGGCCACAGCAGGGCGCAGCAGCAAACAGCACUCCCCUUGGCAGCCGCACUGCCCCUCCUCUUCCUCUUCCUCCUGCGUCUGCCAUCCAGCGCUUCCCUCCCCACCACUUAAUCCGGCCACAGCCAUUGGCUUUGCCUCCCUUCCACUCAAACCAAACUGAGCCUCUGCCACUGCCUGCCUUGUCAGCGAGUGGCUAUUACCCUGGAUCUUCUUCACUUGAUUCAGCAGCCGCUGUGCUUCCUAGCCCGGGUCACUUUGGCCCUAGUUCCUGCCCUGCCUCCCUGCCUCCCUCACAGUGGCCACCUUCACACUAUGCUGCUGCAGCCGCCGCUGCUGCUGCAGCUGCUGGUUUGCCUAUUUAUGUGACUCCACGCCGUGACAAUCGAGAUAUGGAAACAGCUUGGGUGGACCAAGACACUACCCAGCCAUAUUUCCACAGUGCUCAAGAACGGCGUGCUCUUGCUGCAGGGCAUGCUUCAUUGGAGGAUAGUAGUGCUGAAGGGAUGGCUUUGUAUGGUGGCUAUGCAGCAUAUGAGGGACGACAGAUUUAGGCUCCACAAGGAGAAUGUAGUGCACUUGGCGCAUCUCAUAUCCCCUUCCUGCUUUUGACUUCCGCUUCUGCUCUCCUUGUG